GUUCCGGUUCCGCCUGUUCCGGGCCACUGGCGUAUCUCGCGUAACUGCGCUGUGCACGUGUGUUGUCCGGGUUCGUGUUGCGGUAGCCAUGGACGCUUUGGAUCGAGUUGUAAAGCCAAAAACGAAACGAGCCAAGAGAUUCCUUGAGAAGAGAGAACCGAAACUUAGUGAAAAUGUUAAAAAUGCUAUGCUGAUUAAAGGGGGAAAUGCAAAUUUACUGGUGACACAAGUACUUAGAGAUGUGUAUGCAUUGAAAAAACCAUAUGGCAUUCUGUAUAAAAAGAAAAAUAUUACAAGACCAUUUGAGGAUCAGACAUCAUUGGAAUUCUUUUCAAAGAAGUCAGAUUGCUCUUUAUUCAUGUUUGGCUCCCAUAAUAAGAAGCGGCCAAAUAAUCUAGUAAUAGGUCGUAUGUAUGACUUCCACGUGCUCGAUAUGAUCGAAUUAGGUAUUGAGAAGUUUGUCUCUCUAAAAGACAUCAAGAAUAGUAAAUGUCCUGAGGGAACAAAACCCAUGUUAAUAUUUGCUGGUGAUGAUUUUGAUGUAACAGAAGACUACAGAAGGCUAAAAAAUCUUCUUAUUGAUUUCUUCAGAGGCCCCACAGUAUCAAAUAUCCGCCUGGCUGGUUUAGAGUAUGUUCUGCACUUCACUGCACUGAAUGGGAAGAUUUACUUUCGAAGCUACAAGUUGCUGUUGAAGAAGUCUGGUUGUAAAACACCAAGGAUUGAAUUGGAAGAGAUGGGGCCCUCAUUGGAUCUGGUUCUGAGGAGGACACAUCUGGCGUCAGAUGAUCUUUACAGAUUAUCUAUGAAAAUGCCAAAAGCCCUCAAGCCAAAGAAGAAGAAAAAUGUCUCCCAUGACACUUUUGGCACAACUUAUGGAAGGAUUCAUAUGCAGAAGCAAGACCUAAGCAAACUACAAACCAGGAAAAUGAAGGGGUUGAAGAAGCGACCUGCAGAAAGGAUAACAGAAGACCAGGAGAAAAAAUCAAAGAGAAUUAAAAAAAAUUGAUGGAACUAGCCAAUAACUGCAGUGUUAUUGUAGUCUGUUUACCUAAUAGAGUUAUCAAGCAUCA